UCUUACCCGGGUUUGGCACGCCGGCGUAACCCGGAAGAGGUUACUUAAUAGGAUUCUAGAGACGGUGGUGGGAUCCUCUGGGAGUCUGAACGCUGCUGUGGCGCUACCAUGAACGCCCCUCCAGCCUUCGAAUCCUUCCUGCUCUUCGAGGGUGAGAAGAAGAUCACCAUUAACAAGGACACCAAGGUACCCAAUGCCUGUUUGUUCACCAUCAACAAAGAAGACCACACACUAGGAAACAUCAUUAAAUCACAGCUGCUGAAGGAUCCACAGGUGCUCUUUGCUGGCUACAAAGUCCCCCACCCUUUGGAGCACAAGAUCAUCAUCCGAGUGCAGACCACACCAGACUACAGCCCCCAGGAGGCCUUCACCAAUGCCAUCACCGACCUCAUAAGUGAACUGUCUCUGCUGGAAGAACGGUUCCGGGUGGCCAUUAAAGACAAGCAAGAAGGAAUUGAGUAGUGGGCUGGAAGGCUCUUUAGUUGGCCUGUAAGCCCAGUUCCUAUCUUCUCUCCAUGUGCCAGAGGAGAGCGGCCAGUCCCAGUUGUGGCAGUUAUGACCCUCCUUGUAGCUAUUCCGUGAACCUCUUACCUCUGACACCCAUGGGGCCUGUACAUAGAUUUUGUUUUAUCUUCCUAAUAAAGUAUGGCAGGAAAAGA